AUGCUGCCAAGAGUUGGAGUAUUCGGAACUACUACAAUAAUCAAAAGUUUGGUUCCAAUUUUGAAGUCCAAUGGCUUUCUUGUUGUGGCUUUAUGGGGUAGAACUAAGGAGCAGGCGGAUGAGCUAGGUAAAGAACUUGGUGUUACCUUUACCACACAGAAAGUUGAUGAAGUCCUACUUUAUAAAGAUGUUGAUUUUGUCAUCAUCAGCUGUUCACCACAUUUACAAUCACAAAUUGCUGUGAAAGCUCUGAAUAUUGGUAAACAUGUACUCUGUGGAACUCCAUCUGGUCCAGGACAAGUAGAAGUUUUACGCAUGGUGAAUGCAGCUCGCUAUUAUCCAAGGUUGAUGUCACUCAUGUGUCACAGUCUGCGAUUUUUACCCACAGUUACCAAAAUGAAAAAUCUGAUACAAAAUGGUUUUGUUGGUGACAUCAAUAUUUGCGAAGUGCGAGUUCAUUAUCAGUCCAUUGUAAAAGAAAACUUUGAUUGGACUUGUGACGAACUGAUGGGAGGAGGGGUUUUAAAUACAAUUGGUUGCAAUAUUAUUGAUAUUAUCACUUAUCUAACAUCUCAAAAAGCCAUCCGCGUCCAUGGCAUGCUAAAAACAUAUCAUAAACAAACUGACAAAAUCAAAGGAAUACGUGAAAUAACCAGUGAUGAUUAUUGUUCAUUUCAAAUGGAACUGGAAAAGGGGGCAUGUGCCACAGUAACUUUAAACUCUCACAUGCCUGGACCUUUUGUGCAAGAAAUUAUUAUAUCAGGGAGCAAGGCACGUCUGACGGUAAGGGGUGCUGAUUUAUAUGGGCAAGCGCACGACAAAAUCAAAGAAGACCUUCUACAAUUCGAACCUGUGCAUUAUUCAGAAGAAGAAAGAUUGGGAAUCUCUCAGAAAGUCAGAAGAGAAAUACCCAAUCCGUAUCUUAAAGGUAUGAUACGAAGUAUUGAGGCUGUACGAGUAGCUUUUGGUAAAGAAGAAGUCAGACAGAGUUGGUGUUCUGAGCCUCUUGUUGCAGCAGCCACAUUUGAAGAUUCUCUCUACACUCAAACCGUCAUUGAUGCCAUCAGAACUUCUAGUAAAAGUAAAGAAUGGGAAAAAGUUGUCAUGAUGAAGGAAGAACCAAACCCAUUUUUAACUGCAGCAAUGAGAAAGAGUACUUUCUCACUUCAUUGA